AUGGAAAGUCUUUUAGAACGUCAACGUGCUUAUCAUGAGGAUAUUGAGCGCCUUGAACAGGCUAUUGCAGAUCGUUUAUUAAAAGAAAGCUCAAAAAUUAAAGAUCGGCUAUCUCAAGAACAUGAUGUUGCAAAAUUUCUUGAUCGAAUUGCAGAGCAAAGUAAAAAGCUUUUAGACAUUUAUACAAAUAAAGACAAAACACAAAGUAUAAAUGAAACAUUAACAGCAUCCGGAAGUGAAUUUGAGGAGUUUUAUCGCCAGUUGAAGGAAAUUAAGGAUUUUCAUAGAAGAUAUCCUAAUGAAAAAGUUGAAAAUUUUGAAGAAUUAUAUAAAAAACGACCAGAAGAUGAAGAUGGUUUAAAAUUUAUAUUAUCUAUUAAUCAAGAUCUUACCUGUGUAGAAAUCUCUAAAAUAUUUUCAGGAGAAGAAAGUUAUGGACGUUUUCUUGAUUUAAAUACAUUGCAUGAGCAAUGGUUAAAUUUAAAAGGAGUUAAAUAUAUUUCUUAUACCAAAUAUCUUGAUUUUUAUGAUAAGUUUUCAAGUAUUAAUUCGCGUAUCAAAAAUGAAAAUUAUUUUAAAUAUCUUACGGACCUGGAAUCUUAUUUGGAAUCAUUUUAUAAACGCAUUAAUCCUUUACAAGAUCACAACAAAAUUUUUUCUACAAUUGAAGCGGAUUUUAAUAAGGAAUGGGAUUCUGGGAAACUCCUUGAAUCUAUUGUCCCUACAGUAAAUACAGGUCUUAUCAGUGAAGAUAUUUUUUGUGAUGCAUGUAAUAAAAAUUAUUCAAAAAAAUCAGUCUAUGAUGCUCAUCUGAUGAGCAAGAAACAUAAAAAAGCAGAAGAAGCUAAAAAAAAUAUAAAUAAAGAAGAUGAAAUAAUAAAUAAUUCCAAUGGAGUUCAGAGACAUCCAAAAAUAGAUAUCUUAAAAAAACGUGUAAUUUCUAAAAAGGAAUAUUUUAUUCAAAGACUUUCUCUUCUUUUGAAUGCAGAACGAGAAGCAACAAAACGAAAUGUUGUCCGUAAACAAACAUUAACAGAUAGAGAACGUCAGGCUGAGCUUGAAGCUACCGAAAGUGAAGAAACUAUUGUAGAAGAAACUAAAGAUGAAGAUAGAAUAUGGAAUCCGCUAAAAUUGCCUCUUGGGUGGGAUGGAAAACCAAUUCCAUAUUGGUUAUGGAAGUUGCACGGUUUAGGUGUUGAAUAUCCUUGUGAGAUUUGCGGGAAUUUUAUAUACAUGGGGAGAAAAGCAUUUGAUAAGCAUUUUAUGGAAUGGAGACACGUUCACGGACUUCGUUGUUUAGGUAUUCAAAAUUCCAUUCUUUUUAAAGAAAUUACUAGUAUUGAUGAUGCAUUAGCAUUAUGGGAAAAACUUAAAUUAGACAAAAAAAAUAAUGAUCGACUUCUUGAAUCAACUAUUGAAAUGGAAGACGAUCAAGGGAAUGUAAUGUCAGAAAAAGUUUAUAAUGAUUUAAAAAACCAAGGUUUACUGUAA